UUUUUGGUUUUUCUCAUUGGUUUUUUACAUGAUAUACAUUUAUAAAUACAAUAUUACCUCGAACAAUUUUACAAUUUUUGGCAUUUGUGAAGUUGGCACUUUUGCUUGAUGCGUUCUUUUGCUUACAGCUGGCUAUCGAUUUUCACAAUCUCGAAACAAUUUCCUGUGUGUUCAGGCCAAAUGCUUAAUUUAAUAUUCUCAAUAUUACACUUAAUAAUAUUUAUAAUUUGUGCACAGAUUCUUAAUUGGACAAAUUUAUCUGGCUUCAUUUUUAAUUAUAAUUUUCUUUUCCAGGUCUGUAACAAUGUCCAUGGAGCUUUGUUUUGGUUUGAGUUGGAACUCGACCUCGCCUCGUUGUGGACAAAAUAUCAUAAUAUUUACACGGAGGUGUCUUCGGUGGAUUGGUGAUGCCGGCCAUCGACGGUUCGGGCUGUCCCUCGGAUUGGUGGAUGGCGUCCUCCGGCUCCUCUCUGUGUUCGGCGGGAUACGGAUCGGCUCCAACAUGGACAUGCUGGGUAUUGAAGGAGCGGCAUAUGGAGGUGAAGCGAUUGGUACAUCCUGGAGCUCUAUCUGGGUGGACGAAUGCUGGCCCAGAUUAUUGGUGUUGAAGCCCAUGGAGGAUAUGCUGCCGGGUUCACGACUCCUUGGGGUCUCCGCCUCGUCGUCCACUGGAAUGGGAGUGCUGGAUGGAGCGUCGUCAACUAUUGCCGCAUCCGCCUGUGCGCUGGGUCCUGAGGGUAGUGCUACUGGGUACGAGACAUCCGAAUUGGGGUUGGAGUCUUCCAUGGUGAAGUGGCAGAUUCUUGGCUGACAGCGUGGAAGUUCGAGUGACAGUUCGGUAGUGUGUGAGCAGACAAGCGAAUCGAUGCUAAUUUGCUUAAAAUUAGAUAAGUGAUGAGAUAAGUGAACAACAAAUAUUUAUCACAGUGAUUAGUGCCGCGAGAUGACUAGAGGAUAAUUCAGUGCACGUUGACCUUCAAUUGUUCGAGGUAAACAUAUAAACAUUAAAAAUUAACAAUAAA